AUGGAGGAGACCAGGAUCUUCUGUACUUAUUGCGAUUCUCCUGCACCGGCUGUAAGAACAUGUUUGCACUGCGAGGCCUCGUUCUGUGAAAAGCACUUGAGCAAACACAGUAAGUCAUCAGAACAUAUGUUAGUUGAACCCACUGAUUCCCUGGAGGACAGAAAAUGCUCCACGCACAAGGAGGUGCUGAAAUACUAUUGUCCAAUGGACACCAUCUGUAUCUGUGUGUCCUGCUGGGUGGCUGGAGACCACAAGGGACAUGACAUGGAGCUACUGGACAUGGCCUCAGACAAGGAGAAAGAGAAACUGGUAAACAUCAUGGAGAAACUCAACUCAGAGAGAGAGGACAUUGAAAAGAAAGUUCACAAUCUACAGGAUCAUAAGAAGGAUGAGAAAAUGAGGUCUGCGAAUAUCACUAAGAGAGUCACCAUUUUGUUCAAAGACCUCAAGGAUCAACUGAGUGCAUUAGAGAGAAAAGUCCUUUGUGAGAUCACUAGGCAGGAAAAUCAAGUUUUGUUGCCAAUCAGUGACAUGAUCCAAGAACUCGAGAAGCAAAGAGAUGACCUUGCAAGAAAGCUCCUUCAGGCAGAAGGAUUGUGUAAGCUCAGUGACCCUCUCACCUUCUUGACUGAGCUUAGUAAAAGUGACAAGAUCAGUUACAGAGCCAGUGAUGUCACCAGAGAUGUAAAAGAUGUUGGGACUCAGAACCACGCAUCAGUCUCUCAGAUGUUACACCGGGGACUUGCACACAUUUCAGACGGCCUGUUUAUAAAGAUAAAGCGACAAUUCCGAGUGAUAGAGAAAUCAGACGUUUUUCUGGAUAUAGACACAGCUCAUAAUAAUAUUAUUAUAUCUCAGGAUCUCCAAUCUGCUUCUUAUACCGGUACACCACAAAACAGACCUGAUGGGCCCAAGAGGUUCAAAUCUCGUCAGGUUUUAAGCUCCCACAGCUUCUCCUCUGGGAGACAUUACUGGGAGGUGGAUGUGAGUCAGGCAGAGAGAUGGAUGGUUGGGGUGGCCAGGGGAAGUUUGGAGAGGAAGGUGGUGGGUAACGAGUCAUUCAUUGGUUAUAAUGAGAAGUCUUGGGCUUUAUGUGCAAAUUACUUUUUCAGAGCACGGCAUAACAAUAUCCACACAAAUUAUGGCUGCUAUUCUCCUAUGAAGGUUGUUGGGAUUUAUCUGGACUAUGCGGCCGGGCGUCUGUCAUUCGUUAAGGUGUGUGACCCCAUCAGACACUUACACACCUUUACCACCUCCUUCACCGAGCCUCUGCAUCUCGCCUUCUAUCUCUUCCCAGGUUCUUCUCUCAGGAUCCUUAACUCAUCUUAA